AUGCGAAAGAUACAAACCCAUAUUCCCCCUGGUUGUCGAUGGUGUAAUCCCCAACAAGUCAGCACGCCGGCUCCCGUUACUCCACCUAGCCAAAAACGACCGCGCUAUGCACUAAACAAAGUAACAGACCCCGCCGCAUGCACCGAAUGUGGGGGCACAGCACUAAUGCAGGAGCGCCGCAGUACAACAUAUGGUCAACAAACACAUGGGUUCAAGAGAGCCGGCGCGCUCUGGAAGAUCAAAUUCCCCCAUGAGCCACCUCCGCCGGACAUCCCGCUAGAACCUCCGCCACCUUCACAACCCCCACCUCCGGACACAACGUUACCCCGUCCCAUUUCGCCUAAAGCAAAACUCCAUCCGUUUGCCCGCAGUAUGUGUAAACGAACAUUUCCGCUUCAAAAUGGAUUAACGCACCGCCUUGGAAAAAUGCACAAUGUCACAUGCCCUGUCCCAGAGAGAAAACGCCCGCGAGCCGAAGAACCGAUUCCAGAAGAAGAAUCAGCAUUCCCCUGUGACAAAUGUGAUAUGAUAGCGCGAUCUAAAACAGGUCUCAAAGCCCAUAUUAGAGCAAAACAUCCUGAGAACCCCACAAAGGACGCACCUCGCCCUCAGCUCAUCCCACAGCCUGCUUCACUACGAUGCGAAUUCUGCCUCCGCGACUUUGGCAACAUUGGAGCUGUCGAAUGCCACAAAAAGUUCAAACAUCCACCUGGAACCCCAAUUCUGUCAGCAACAAUACAAGUAACGUUUCCGCGAAAUAAGAAACGUCUGCGAGAUACGUCGCCACCGGAGUGUGAGGACAGAGAAAAAGUCCAAUGCGGAGUAUGCCAGAAGUUCUACGCCCACCUAGACUCCCUCGUAAUACACUGCAGAAAAUUCCAUGAAGGAGAGGGUCUACCCCAAAAAUCGAAUUCCACCAAUGGGAAAUACAAAACAACGAAAACAAGAGACCUUCCGGCAUUAGUCUGUCCCACGUGUGGUCACCAAUGUAUGAGUAAGUCAGGCCUAACUCUACACCGAAUGUCACGACACGGGUAUCAACCUAUUCGCGCGCACACCAGCCAACGUGACGAAUGCGACGAAACAGCUCUGCAUCUCUUGAGUUGCCCCGCUCUUCUUCCACUGCGAAUGUAA